AAAAAACCUAAGCUUGUGCCAAACGCCAGUUGAAUGUCUUUAUGAUUAGUAGAUUUAAGAUUUUUGUCUUAAUAAUAUCAAAUUGAAUGAUAUGUUUGUUUUCAAUUUUAUCUUUCUGUGCGCAUUUAGAGAAAGUCCAUCCGUAUGUCCAUCAUUGAUUCAUGAUUUUACGGUGCUGUCCAUGUUACUCAUAUAAAAAACUGCGUUCAAAAAGGCGCUUGUCAAUAAUGUGAACUUCAUUCACUUUGAACUGUGUGAGAUUUUCAAUAUUUAUCAUCGCUCUUUGUUUUUCAGCAUGUCAAGCAGCCUCAAAAACCCUUUUAGAAGCUAUUGGAGAAAUCUACGAACCACAGUGGAGUGGCCAUGAUUUACUUUAUGUACAGACUCAAUCCGUAGAUGCGCUGUGGCAGGAAUUCAGUCACAAAUUGGCUGACCAGGUGCUAUUACCGCUCAACACGUAUCAAAGCCAGUUUCCAGAAAUGAGGAAGAAGAUCGAUAAGCGCAACCGCAAACUGAUAGACUACGACUCCCAACGACACAGUUUCCAAGCAUUGCAGGCGAACUCCUCGAAGCGCAGGGACGAAGUGAAGUUGCAGAGAGGUCGGGAACAGCUGGACGAGGCCAAACGUACUUACGAAAUGCUCAAUUCGGAAUUGCACGAUGAAUUGCCCGCCCUUUAUGACUCCAGAGUUUUGUUCUUAGUCACGAAUCUACAGUCGCUGUUCAAUUCUGAAGGCACUUUCCAUACGGAAGCGUCUAAGGUAUACAAUGAACUGGAAUCGAUAGUUGACAAACUAGCAACGGAUAGUCAGCGAGGAUCUUAUACUAUCAAGAAAACGAAUGGCACCACAGGAAGUCUCCCACGAUCUACAAUAUCAACUCUCAAAAACUCGUCCGAACUCAUCAUGAAUAAUUCUUUGGAUACAACACACACAACAAAACGAGCAACCACAGAUAACCUUCCUCCAGGCGUGCUAUACAGAGUUAAAGCUACAUACAAGUACAACCGAGAAGAUGUGGAUGAAUUGUCAUUCGAAGUUGGUGAAAUAAUUAAUGUCAUCGAAUAUGAUGAUCCGGAAGAACAGGAAGAAGGCUGGCUGAUGGGUGUAAAGGAAACUUCUGGCGAAAAAGGUAUGUUUCCGGCAAAUUUCACCAGGCCAUUGUAAAAGAACAACUAUUGUGGAUAUUUGGGCGGAAAUUCCAAAACCACUAUAUGAAAAGAAUCUGCAAGCGCCGGUUGCGUUAUUUUCAACGUCUGCGCGAGUAAGCGAAGUGCCUUGACCGUAUAUUUUUUAUAGUUUUUUAUGUUGAAUUUUAAUAUUGACUAAUAUAUUGUUAAUUUAUUGUUAUUACUUCAGAGAUUCUAUAUGUAUAUGUAUACACGUUACACGUUCUAAAAAUACUCGAUUGAGAACGAACAUGCAUUUUCUUUUAGGUAAAUUCUUGUUUAUAUUAAGUCAUGUUACACUAUAGAUUAAACUCUUCAUGUUACUAUUUACUUUCCAACAAUACAUAGACAUCGAUUUAUUGUGUAAUUGUAAGUUUGUGCUAAUGGAAAUCAGUGUUUCCAUUAAAACAAAUCUAAUCGUUCAUUAUUAUUUUUGACUUUGGGAGGUUAUUUAUCUCACAUUUUCACACUCAACGAAUAUAUGAAAUUUGUUUCGUUAUGAUUUCAAAGAUAAUUCUAUAUUAUGAGUCUGAGACUAUUAUUAAACAAGGUAGUAUUAAUGUGAGAAUAAUUCUGUCAGUUUUGGAAAGUAAAAAGUAAAAACUUUUAUAAUAAUUCUUUUCAUGUAAUACGAGUAAUCUCGCACUCUGUGAACAUUUUUACCUCCUGGCUUUUAUUAAAAUUUGCUCAAGAAUAUGUGUGAAGUGCAUCUAGUCAGAGUGGAUAUACUUAUAUAGAAAGGAUCUUCUGAUAGAAAAAACUUUUCGAAAAUGUUCAACAGUGCCACUUUUAUAGAACUUAUUGUUUUAUGUAUUGUUAACGCCUUAUACGAAAAUGGACCAUUUUAUAUAACGGAUCAAAUUUUACAUCGUAUUUUAUAUAGCUCGAAUACUGAUUGCUCUGUGGAUUGAAAAGUAAGCGUCUCAGGAACAGUUGAAAUUACUGACUAGUUUUUGCAUGAGCCGUGCAACUCAGCUGAAUGUGCCAUGCACAAAACGUAUGAAAUUUGACCACCAGUCAAUUUUAAAGAAAUAGUCAUAGUUCAUGUUGUGCUGAACAAAUGUUCCAAUAUGCACAAGGCCUAGAAAUACCUUCUAUUGGUGAUACAGAGUAUUAAAGUUUGGUGCCUUAACCCGUGCGUGUACGCCUUCCUGCACCAUUUUAUGAAAACUAUCUCUAGUCUAAUCAUAUUAGCAAAUUUCCCCAAAAUAAUUGUAAAGCCUUGUUUUAUUGGUGCAAGUUGUUCAAGGGGGUAUUUAGAACAUUGGCGC